AUAUUCGUGUUACGAUCAUAGCGUGCAAGUGGGGCAAUCUUUAGACAACGCAUAUAAAGCUGCUGUAAUGCGCUUGCGGUCCAUUUUAAUUCGAAGGGGGGGUUCUGAGCGUUACCAAUACGUUGCGCUAGUGACGCACGACCGACAGCUGAGCCAUCUUUGGAUAUAACUGGUUAUUAUUUGCUACGAUUUGUUGGUGCAAUAUCCUGUCUGCUGUCAUGCACAUUCGGUUGAGGACAUCUGGACUGGUUUGGAUUAUCCUUACGCACGCCUAUUUAAAUUACGAGUAAUUCACGCAUUGGAGCAAUGGAAGUCAGAAUAAGUAUUUUUCAGUGAUGCAAAAUUUUCAUGAAUAUACUUCCUCGUAUUAAAUUAGUCAAUUGUGCUCGUAUUCUUGGACAGUAAAUUACGAGCACGUUUUCCUGUGAAACUACUUACCCGUGAUUCAAGACCGAAAUUUAUCCAUUUUCGUACAACUAUCUCUUGGACUAGUGUGGACAGUGUCUUGAAAGUGUAUAUACAGCAAUUGGAGCUUUCGUGGUGAGUGUGUGGUCACACGCAGUUCUUGUAAUUAUUGAUUCAUAGGUCAAAUCGUGUCGUUUAGCGUUGACCGGUGCUUCUGCAGAUCACUGUAAACAUGGUGUAAGUUAAUCUUACGUACAGUUGUCAUUUUGUUUGUGAAAGAUUAAAAAACGACAAUGUCUGCCAAAGAUAGUGGUGUACAGCUGUACGCUUUCAGGCCAUUCGUUUUUGUGAAACGACAUCCGAAAACUCAGACGCCCUCAAAAUCCCCUCUUUCCCGGAGUGGUCACCGAAUUGCGUGCGAUGAGGGAAAUAUGUACUCAUUUGGGGGAUACAAUCCCUACAUACCCGAGGACGAAGAGUUGGGAGAAGAAGUUCACGAUUGGCAAGCGAGCGAACCUUUAUUCAAAGAACUAUGGAAGUAUAAUUUCUGUACUUCAAAUUGGACGAAACUUUUAUGUGCCGAUGAUAUGCCCAAUGAAUUGGCAUCAAAUGCUGUAAUUUUGAAAGGUACUACAAUGAUGGUUUAUGGAGGAACUGGUGUGCCUUUUGGAACAACUUGUAGCAAUCAGCUUUAUGUGUGUAAUUUAAAUGAAAAAAUUAAAAUGAAUGCUAUUCAAGCCAGUGGAGAACUUCCUCCCAAGCAGUAUGGACAAGCUUUAGUACUAGAUGGAGGUUUCUUGUAUACUGUUGGAGGUACUACCGGCUAUGAAUAUUCAGCUGAUAUUCAUCGCCUAAAUCUGAAAACUGGGCAAUGGGAGGAAGUUCAUGUGUGUCGUGGAGGAAGAGGUGAACCAGAUGGUCGCUAUAGACAUGAAUUAGCAUUUGAUGGAUCAAGGAUUUUUGUAAUGGGUGGUGGCACAGCAACAGAUGUGUAUGGAUUUGAGAAAAUUCCAGCUUUUAACCUGAGUACAGGACAGUGGGAAACUUUAGUGACAUCUGGUGACCCAUCAUUAUCACCACCAGGAGUACCAGCUGCUCGACGUUGUCACGGUUGUGUUCAGCUUCCUUCAGAUGGUAUCCAGCAUUCAGCAGUAUUCAUUUCUGGUGGCUAUGAUGGUUCUAAUAUAUUUGAUGACCUGUGGAAACUUGAUUUGAACACACUACAGUGGCAGCAUCUUAGUCACUGCAAGUUGCCACGCGCUGUGUACUUUCAUUCUACUGCCUUGACUCCAGCAGGACAGUUGUUCUCUUUUGGUGGAAUUGCUGAUAUGGGAAAUGGCGAGUUUGAUCGCACUGCAGAAGUGCAUAGUACAUGGGUGUGCAUUCCAAAGCUCUCAGAAAUGUGUUGGGAAGCACUUGUCCAUUACAAUCAGUUUAUUCACAAUGUUCCAAGUGCAAAUUUAUUGAACUGUGGAAUUCCUGCAAAAUUUCUUAGCCGUAUUGGGUAAAGCACAACAAUAAAUUAGAUCAUGAUUAACAAUAACUGGAGGAAUUUUCUUUGCCCUUACUGUACGAGAUUCUUUCUGUGAUUUUAUUUGAUCUUUUGCUUCAUAUAGUUUGGGUAACAGAUCAAGUGGUCUAUGUUUUAUGAAGUAUGACCUUUAGAACCUUUUGUCAGGUAUUAAAAAAAAUCAACUAAAAUAUAAUACUUAAGUGAAAAGUAUGUGCUGUGGUUUGUGGUGAAGAAUUAUUUUUAAAGUAUUAAAGGCAAAUCGUUUUCUACACAAAUGUUGACAAACAUGUGAUGGCACAAAAAGAAAUGUUGGACUUGUUUAAAAACAACUGAGUGAUCAAGAAAAUACAUGUAAUAACAAGAUAAUAUAAUGAGUGUCAAGGGACAAUUAUAUUGUUUAUCUGACCUGUUUGCAGUUUAACUGACAGGGAAUUGUAUGUAAUGGGUUUUGAAAGCUCUCUAGAUGAAAAUAAAUGCAGAUUCUGAAUCUGUAUGGUUUAUAUUAGUAUUGUUUGUGUACGGUGGUUGUUGUGUUCUUAGAUGUAAACAUAACUAGAGCUUAAUUUAAAAAAGGCAUAUAGAGUACCUUCUUCAUUUUUCCAUUGUUCCUAAGUGCGUUGUGUAGGAAAAACCCAUGGCAUUUAAUUUCUGUUGCUCAAUAUUUGUUAAAAACGAUUGUAAAGAAGCAUGUUAACAGGGAACGCAACAAACACAUUUGUAGAUAAGUUAUAUGGUUUGUUGAAAACUUACACAGAAUGUGUCCUAAUAGAAUGAUGUGAAAGUGUUGUCAACAAAUUAUUCCAAUCGUAUGAAAAAGAUGUUCCAGAAUUUGAGUUCUUGCACAGACUGUUUUAGUCACACUACAUUUUUGUAUGAUUGAAACAAUUAUAGUUAAGUGAAUAAAGUGUGUUACAUUUCCUUCCUUCUUUAGCCAGAUGUCUUUGUAUUUUAUUGCUGUUGAGAAGCUUACUAUAGUUGAUCCAUGUUUUCUGUAUAUAUGGUGUAUUCCAUUAAUCUUUCUAGUAAAUCCUAAUAAUUAGUGAAUUACUAGUUGUCUUGAAAAUAAAUGGUCACAAUGUCUUAAGUUUGAUUCAUUCCCUCGAGGCCUAGAUUUCUUGUUCAGAAUUUUAAGGGAUUGAAAUAAAUUAUAUUUUGUUUAAAAAUUGACCCAGAUCUCUUGUCAUUUUAUAAGUUUUCAGUUUGUAGCUUUUAAAACUAGCAUAUUAAGGAUGUGGUUUUGAUAUACUAAUAGAUAGACUUAAUAUAUGUUCAACAAUGCAAUCUUUUAUAGUUAUUCAAUAAUGGAGUAAUCAAUACUUUGAAAUCUCCAGCAUAUUCAUUGUGGAGGAAACAAUAGUUGUUGGUGCCAAUUGCAAUUAUGGAUGUCAUUGUUAAAAUUGGAAAUAACAAGUUAGGAUAAUGUCUGAAUGCACAAAAACCGUAUCAUCUAAAAAUCCUGUUGGGGAACUUCAGAUUUCUGGAAAGUAUAUCUUCCUGUCGUAUUCAACUACUAGACUUUCAUGUAGCUCCAAGUUUUGAAGAGCUUAAAUCUAUUCACGUAAUAAUCUUGUGUGUAGAUGUGUUUUUGUUGGAAAAAUAGUCUUGAUGGAAGUUCACUCCUAAAGAAUUGCAGAAAUCAAAAACUUGAUUUCAGAGAUUUAAUAUGAAUCUCCCUCCAACUAAUUUCCCUAUUAUUUUUUGCUCUCAAUUUUCAUAUGUUUCGUAAAUUUUUAGUAUUGGUUUCUUAACUACAGAUCUCAUUGCUUUCCGAUCUCAUGCUUUUAAUUGUAAAUUCUUGGCUCUCUUUGGAUUUUUUGUUCCUUUGUUGAACCAAGAGAGAAGAAACAGUGAUAAUUUAACUUUGAACCCUUGUACUAAUAGUUAAGUACACUACAGGAUAGUUCUGUUUGCUGAUGUCACGAAUGUUCUUUGCAAAAAAGAAACAAUAAAUGUUUAAACAAUUAAUGUAUAUUUUCAGAAA